AUGGCCGAAGAAAGCAAGCCACCAUUUCCCCCAUUUACGCUGGAAACGGCCAAAAUCAAAGUCAAGGCCGCGCAAGAUGCCUGGAACACCAAGACCCCGGAUACCGUCAAAAUGGCCUAUACGCCCGACACCAUCUGGCGCAACCGCGACCAGUUCCUCCGCGGGCGCGACGAGGUCCGCGACUUCCUGGCCCGCAAAUGGGCCACGGAGAACGGCUACCGCCUGCGAAAAGAGCUCUUUGCGUUUACGGACAACAAGAUUGCGGUGCAGUUCUGGUACGAGUGGCACGACGAGGGUGGGCAGUGGUGGCGCACAUACGGCCUUGAGGACUGGACCUUUGCGGAGAAUGGUCUGAUGAGGAAGCGCCAGAUGAGCGGGAACGAUGUCAAGAUUGCGGAUGAGGAGCGGUGGUUCAAGGACGGGGUGGAUGUGAAUGCCGUGGAUAUUUCAGAGCGCCACUGGUAG